AUGGCACCCUUGCCGCCACUCGAUGUCAAAAGUACUCUGACAAACAACUUAUCGGCCGCACACGAAGCCAAUCCCUUGUAUAGUGCAUGGGAGACCACCAUUGCUGUAUCGAUAGACUUCCUGCAGGGGGCCGUUGUGGGUGUAUGUGCCCUGUUGAUUCUUCAGAUACUGAUUAAAAUAUGCCAGCUAAAGUACAAACACUGGAAAUACCGCGACUAUGACGAGAUACGAGACACAAAGGACGGAGAUGAGGAAGAGACAUUUAUCGACGAAGAAGAGAUAGGGUGCCAGUCAGCUGAUGAAGGGGAGGAUGAAGUCCGUUGCCAAACAGAGCGCUCAUCUUCCACGCAUUCUAAUGCCCCACGUCCUUCAACUCCACAACGGAAUUCCUCGAGUUCGUCUAUCAAAUCUGCUGCUGCCGAACUACCUGUCGUGAGACACUGUCGACUUGCCGUUCGUGCCAUGUUGCAUCUUGCGGAGAUAAGUCCGGAAGUUAUUUCCCAAUCUGCUCUAUUUGCAGACGGGCGAAUCUUAUCCGGACGCCGUAAAAGCUCCGCACACUACUCCAAGAGAUCAAGCACCACGUCAAUUGGCGAUCUGGACACACUAGUGCAACAAGAUCAUUCCGAAAAGCGUGGACGAAGAUUGAGUGAUAAAGGAAGAACCCGAGUGAGCUCAGGCCGAAAGGGAAAUCGGAACAGUCUUGGCCGAUCUAGCGGCGCAAAGGCUGCUGGAAACUUGUCAUCCAAGCGUCGAUCAAUACUUGCUCGGUCCCGAAAUUCCCAGCUUUUUGAUGAUCUUUCGCAGGUUGAUCUGGAACGGUUUGGUGGAAUGGAUCCACGACCACCACGACCACCAUCCGGAGUAAGUGACUCGAGACGGAGCCGAAAUUAUUACAAAGAUCGGGAUAGCGGCAUUGGUGACGACUCGGACCACUUUGUCGCCGAUGCAGAUGACGAAACCGGUGAUCGCGUUGAUUCAUCGCAAAGCCGAGGAGCUGCAUCGGAUGACCAGAGGGAACACCGCCACGGCGAUCAUUCAGACCUACCAUCUAGCGAAUCAGUGGAAGACCUGACCGGGACACGAAGAUCUCGCACGAGGCGAUUAACGAGGUCUAUGACUGAGUUCAUAGGUCCAGGUUCAGAUGGUGAACCAUUGCCUCCCAAGGCACCAGCAGAAUCUCCCCGUCGAAACUCCACUGCUACUCGUCUGCUACGUCGUCGUUCAUCAGGCACUGGAGCAAAUCAUGGACACUCGCGGAAGAAAUCGUCCGGGAGCACUAGUGAAUCUUCCAGCCCUCAGCAUUACAAAGGUCCGGGGCUAGAUAAGCACUACCUGGCAGCCGAACAUACCCAUGAAUGGACGAUUGCUGGAUUUGGGCGUGUCAAGUUUACUGACCAUGCACCUGUUGCAUUCAAAGCCGUUCGAAAUUUUUUCAAGUAUUCCUUUGAGGAAAUCAAUGCUUCGCUAUCUAACCCUUCUAAGGUUGACAUGUCGGUCGGAAAGUCGGAUGCUGUCUUUUUCACAACACAAGACAAGCGGUUUUUGCUUAAAACUCUCCGCGGCGCGGAGCCCGACAACCUCAAGCACUUCCUUCCCGACUACCUCACCUACAUAACAAAGCACCCCAGCACCCUUCUCCCACGUUAUCUAGGCAUGUACACAUUUGAACGCAUUGGACAGCAGUCGAACGGAGCUUCGUUUUUGAGCGGGUCCCAAGAUGAAGCUAUUUCCCUUGCCUUGGCUGGGAAAUUCACCGUAGUGCUCAUGGCAAGUGUCUUCGACACUGACUUGGAAAUCCACACGAAAUUUGAUUUCAAGGGAUCCAACGUUGGGAGACAGACAUUAAGGGAUGUUUUAGCAUUUGCGGCAAGGAAAGAGGGCGUGAGAAUGAGCUUUGAUGGUGGUGGGUUGGCCGCAUCAACUUUCCAGGCACCAGAUGGUGCAACUAGUGACGCGGAACCCAUCAAAGCCGUAUCGUCGUCCCCAAUUGUCAUGCCAGGCGUCUUACAACAAGGAUUGUCAUCAAGUUCACGACCGACCUCGACCUCUGAUAUGGAGAACAUGCCCGUGACGGCUGACCUGACAUUAAAAGAAAUUGAUUUUCAAAAGUUGAUUGGGAUGGGGGUUGCCCACCGGUUGUGUAUGGGUGAGGGGAUGAAGGAGAGGGUUUUGCGGCAGCUAGAGGAGGAUGUGGCGCUGUUGAAGAAGCACGAGUUUAUGGAUUAUAGUCUGCUGAUUGGAGUUUACAGACAUCCCAAACAAGUACGCCAAGCAACUCCACCCAACACUCCCCAGGCAUCCGGUCUACCAACAUCACCGACUUCUUCAACCAGCCGAACAGGCAAAAGUCCCAAACCUCCACCUAUCAAUAUCCCACCAGUUCGACCAGACACGUUUGCAUAUCUUUCCGAGAGCUCCAGCCAGACAGCUAAGAGCGCAUCUGCCAGUCCCAAACCCGGCCCGUCUGCUCCGGUCACUGUCCAUUCAAACACGGUCUUCCACAAUGCUGUGAAUGUAUUGAGCAAAUGGAUUGGAGCAGGCGGCGAGAGUUCAGAUCGGAAGGAGGAGGUUGUUGAACGCGCCGAUCUCAGCGAGGAGACGCUACUGUCAAUUGCAGAGGAUGUGACAAUGGACGAUGCCAUGGAACGAGGCGAGAACGCGGACACUCACAGGACGUCCGCUCCGGCCGCGGCACAAGAGGAGUGGGAUUCAAGUCCGGACCUUGAUUCGACAGUGUUUGACGACCCAAAUAAAACGGAACAACACGAGAGCGAUGGUAUACCUUUUCAAAAAAGAUUUAAAGGUGGAAUUCGGAGUUGGGAUUUUGCGGAAUCUGAGACGGUCGAAUAUGAGGUUUACUUUAUUGGUAUUAUUGACAUUCUCCAAAAGUACAAUAUGCUUAAAUGGUUAGAACGAAACUUUAAGCGACCCAUCUUUUCCUCACGCGCCGAUAUUCCCACCUCCCUCUCGACUCUCUUCUCACCAACGCAAGACCCUCCUUCCUCUCCCAUUGUCGCACCCUCGACUCCACCUUCCUCUGUUUACACGUCACCCGUUACCUCUCCUGUUAUGAGCCCCAUCCCGGCGCCAGUGGUGCUACCGGGAAUGGAGAAUUUUGAGAAUAGUGUAGAGGAACCUGGGCGAUAUGCAGAAAGAUUUGUGGGGUUCAUUCGAGGUGUGAUUAUUUAA